CCGCAGGAAACACGGCUCUGUCACGGACAUGAUUUUGCGGAGAGCCACCUGCUAACUCACACAGCGAGCCCACCCUGAUACAAACAUCCAGGGAAACAUGGGAGGGUCUCCAAGCGUCGAAAUACCCGGCGGGGGGACUGAAGGCUACCACGUCCUCAGAGUGCAAGAGAAUUCCCCUGGUCACUGUGCAGGACUAGAGCCUUUCUUUGAUUUCAUCAUUUCCAUUAGUGACACUCGACUGAACAAGGACAAUGACACUCUAAAAGAGUUGCUGAAGGUGAACGUGGAGAGGCCCAUUAAGAUAAUGUUAUACAGCAGCAAGACGCUGGCAGUGAGGGAGACAACCGUCACACCAAGCAACAUGUGGGGCGGGCAGGGGCUGCUGGGAGUCAGCAUUCGCUUCUGCAGCUUUGAGGGUGCCAAUGAAAAUGUUUGGCAUGUUUUGGAAGUGGAGCCAAACUCCCCUGCAGCCAUGGCUGGUUUGAGGGCCCAUACUGACUACAUUAUAGGAGCUGACGCCAUCAUGUGUGAGGGCGAAGAUCUGUUCUCUGUGGUUGAAACCCAUGAGGGGAAGGACUUGAAGCUUUAUGUAUACAACACAGAUACAGACAACUGCCGCGAGGUGGUCAUCACUCCAAACUGCAGCUGGGGUGGAGAGGGCAGUCUCGGAUGUGGGAUUGGUUAUGGCUACCUGCACAGGAUACCUACUCAGCCAUUUGGAGAGGGCAGGAAAAUCAGUUUGCCCGCACAGACUCCCAGUGAACCAGCCAGUCUUCCUAAAGAUGGCUUCACAGAGGUCCAUCUCUCUGCUGUCAUCCCAACUGUUCCACUUGUUGUGUCUUCCUCUGCUUCGACUGGAUUGGAGCAGUCAGUCGCCAGUUUGUCAGUGAGCUCUAACCUGACUGCUGUUGUCAGCGAUCUACAGACAGGUGCUCCUAACGUCCCGCUGUCCAGCCACGUCCCCUCCUCACAAGGCACUCCCCUGUCUGUGAGUCCUGCAGCCACACUGCCAGGUUUAAUGCCCUUACCUGGAGGUCUUCCACCCUUUCCUCAUUUACCAAAUCUAAAUAUCACCUUGCCACCUGCGGCUGGUGGAUCGCAACAUGCAGGUCUUCCACCACUCACCCUGCCUGCUGUGGUCCCUGGUGUUAUGUUGCCUCCAUCUGACUUUGGUCUUCCUCCAAUCACUGCUAAUUCACCUCCUGCUGUUACAAUGGAUACAACAUAUUCCUCCUCCAAUAUCCAAAUGAACAGUUCACUGACCAGAAACCCCAUCCCAUCACCAGUGGCCACCUCUGAGUCAAUAAAUAUCACAAUAACUGCAGACUCAUCUUAGCAGAGAGCGCGGUUUAAGAUUGUCAGCUUACAAUAUAGCCAGUCUAUGAGCCGCAUCACUCUAUUGGCAAAUUGCUCCCACACACUGUUACAAUUGUCAUUUCAGUAUCCUCCCGUAUCUGGAGGAUACUGGCACCUGGUGCUGGUCUUCUCACAUGAAGCGUGAGUGUGCAUCAGGCAGUGCUCCUGCAACUUAACAGCAGUUUGUUGAUGGCAGUAAAAAGAAAAUUACAAGAAUCAUUCAAAUCUCCUAGUAGUGUUUAAUAUUCGCUGAGCAACUUUUAAAUAUAGUUCAUAACACAAUAGUAAUAGCUGUGUUAACACAAACUAUGUGGGCUUUUUCAAGCUUUGCUCAAAAACCACGUGUGGGAAACAGAUUACUUUUGAUGUGCAAGUCGGUUUGUUUGCAUCUUUUUAAUUUUUUGGAACCAAAGGAUCACAGUGGGGGUAUUUUUCUUGAACUACUUCUGUGCUCCCUCGCAAUGAUUUUGCAGUCCCUCUGAUCCACAGGAAGAGUCAGUGUGUCUGUCCAGUUCUAAUGCACAGUUCAAAAAAAUCAUGAAUGGACAUGAUUGCUCAUUAUUCCUCUCAAUAGGCCAAGCUUCAACAGUAUGCAGCCACUGCCUGUGAGUGCAGCUGCUCUGCCUGGCUGUCGUUAUUGCUCCAACAGAGGUGAUGGUUGUAUCUAUGAUGCUAUGGAUAUGGCUCCUUUAGCUGUACAGUGACUACUCUUUACUGCACCUGUUAAUGCUUUCUCAGAUUAUGUUAACCACUUUGGGACUACAGUAGCUUCAUUACAAUGCUCAGCUAGCACAACUGUGAGUUCACUGCAAACAUACCAACUCUGCAUAUAGCAGAUAGUGCUACUCCCAUUAUUUAUACUAUCUUGUCACAGCCAUAAUCCUAACAGCCAAACCACAGCUACAGUCUGUCUCAAUCAGCUGUGGCAGCAGUUGGUGAGAGCACCAGGUCAAAUCGCUCUGCUCUGUACUGCUGCAAUAGUGCAGACUUGUGACUGAGCCACACAAAGUAAUUACAACCUGUGGCAAUCAUGUAAUACCAUAUUCAUAAUAGAGGUAAGCCUCCCCAUGGAUCUGAGGGAAUGCAAAACAAAAUGUGAAGUAACACAAAAAAAAAAGAGGAGAGAAAGAGGUCCCACUGUGAGCUUUCUGUGGCUAACUUUACUACUGAGGGUUUUCAGGGGAAGGCUGGGCAGUAACUUAUACUACUGGGGAUUUCUUUUAGAAACGCAGGUUUGCUUGUUGCAGCACUAUAGCUGUUAAAUAUAGAAGACAGUUUUGAUUUUGUACAAAUAAAUAAUUUGUAAAGUGAGAUCGUUACCUUGAUUAAACUGAUGUAUUUUCUCUAUCUCA